AUGAGAAGUCUGAUUAAAAUUUUCGUAUUUUGUAAAUGUAGUAGCUCACAAGAGAGUUGCGGAGGUCUUGUGCCUGAUGGAAACGGGUUGAUUAGAUCACCACCAAGCUCGGCUAAUCCGAGUAUUUACGCCGACAAUCUGGACUGUAGGUGGCUCCUUGGACAAGGAAAAGGCUCACGAAAUAAGAAAAACAUUCAAAAAUCGCAAGAAAAAGAGUUUUCUGAUAGUUUUGCAAUUGAGCAGGCACCAAGCUGCGACUGGGACUGGCUUCAGUUGACGAUUGCUGGCUCCGUUGGUGAUAAAUAUUGUGGCGAUGGCGCAGAUCUUCCUGGUAGCCGAUCUGUAUUCAAUGGACCGGUAGAGAUUCACUUCCGAACAGAUUCUGGCAUUGGUCAAUCAGGCUUCGAGAUUCUGUACGAAAUUAUUCCACCAGAUCCCUGCGAGGGAGUGAACUGCAACGCGGGCACAUGCGAAAGGGGGCUUUGCAACUGUCCACCCAAUUUUAUCGGCCAGUUCUGCGAGAGUGACUUCGACGAAUGUGCCAAUGGACAACCUUGCGGAAUCAAUGGUGUUUGUAUAAAUAGUUUUGGCGGCUUCGAGUGUGUGUGCGAGUCCGGAUACAGAGGCACGCGCUGCCAGGAGAACGUCAACGAAUGCGCAUCCGAUCCGUGCCGAAACGGCGGAACUUGCUUGGAUCUAGACGGUAGCUUUCAAUGUGUUUGCCGGGAAUUUUUCUCUGGAGAACUCUGCGAAAAUACAGUCGAAAGAAUCGAAUGCAGCCCCAAUUUAUGCUCGAACAAAGGGACUUGUCAACAAACAAACGAGUCUCCAUUUUACAGCCCUGCUGAGAUUCCCUCUGUGGCUAAUUUGUUUUCUCUCGCUGCUGCUUGCGUGAUCGCUAUUGCUCUUGUGUCUUUAUAUCUGGCGUUCAUUGUACUGAGGGAAACGUGGAUUCUUCCGAGCGGCAGCGAAUUCAGGGAGGUCGAGUAG